GUUUGGAGAAGAUAUGAACAAUGGCUCCCUUUGAAGCUUCUGUUGGUUCAUUAAAGUGUGCCGGGCCAGUUUAUCCCUUUAGAAGCCCCAUCUCGACCUGUCUCUGACCCUGUUCAACCUUUGCGACCCAGGGCCCCCGUCACUUUACAAUUUACUGCGGAGAGGAGCUGCUUCCGCCGGACAGUUGCCCAGAAUGGGGCCGUAAGGAUGGAUGUCGCUUUUGCGUAAAACAAGGAGAAAGAGAAAGAGAGAGAGAGAGCGAGAGAGAAAGAGAGAGAGAGAGAUCCACAGAAGAAAAGAAGAACUUUUAAAACGCUGCCUUUAUCUUAUAAUUGAUACAUUACAAUAAGAGGAGGAGGUGGGUGUGUGUCUGCGGGAGGCGGGGGGAGGGGGGGACACCUGGGUGCGUCGGGACAGGAGGAGUGACAAGAGAGGAGCAGACGAGUCGCGCACAGUGAAAAGUUGGAAGCAAGUUGAUGUACCGGAGGGAAUUGCAGCCGGGGACGUCUCCGGGGGCCACCGCGAAACAGAAGGGAGAUGCACCAGUCAGACGGGUCCGUGAAGGCAACGCGGUGAUGAGAGGACUGGAGUUGAGAAAGCACGCGGUGUGUGGCGGGCAGUGAAGUGUGCGCGCACCCGAGAGGAGUCAGUCGUACACUCAACCGGCGUCUUGGAGAGCCUGAUAAAAAAAAAAAAAACGAAAAAAAAACUUUUGCCGUAUAUUUUUGGUGACAAUUAAAAUGGACGGGGCUGAUUACAUGAAAAAUUAUAACCAAAAUAGAAUCCCAAGAUAGAGCGAUCUUUGAAGCGGAGUUCCAUCACUUUUGCUCACUUCACCAACCGCACUUUCGUGAACGGCACGCCGACAUCAACAGUCAACGAUCUUGGAUGGGUCAGGCCAUGUGAAAUAUUGUGUUGAUGCCAGUAAGCCAGAUAUCGGGAGCUGGCUGAAGUACAUCCAGUUUGCCCCCACUGCCAAGCAGCAUAACCUGACAGCCUGCCAGAUCGAUGAUCAGAUCUUCUACAAAGUCACUCGAGAUAUUUUCCCCGGUGAGGAGCUUCUACUUUUCAUGAAGGCAGAAGAGUAUUCAUGUGAUACUUCCAUGGCUCCUGAUAUUCACGAGGAGAGGCAGUACCGCUGUGAAGACUGUGACCAGCACUUUGAGUCCCGCAGCCAACUGCUGGACCACCAGAUGCAGCAGUGCGGGAUGCCCCCCUCCUCCUUCCAUGAUGCAGCAGAGGACAGUGACAUCAAUGCCCAGGAACCUCAAGACCUGCGACCUCUCCACAUGUCUCAUGACUUUCAUGAGUGUAAAGAGUGUGAUCAGGUCUUCCCGGAUAUCCAAAGCCUCGAGGCUCACAUUCUGUCCCACUCUGAGGAGAGAGAAUACAAGUGCGACCAAUGUCCCAAGGCUUUUAACUGGAAAUCCAACCUGAUCCGACACCAGAUGUCGCAUGACAGUGGCAAGCAUCAUGAAUGUGAAAACUGCUCAAAGCAGGUGUUCACAGACCCGAGUAACCUGCAGAGGCACAUCCGCUCGCAGCACGUCGGGGCACGGGCCCACGCCUGCUCCGACUGUGGCAAGACGUUUGCAACGUCUUCGGGCCUAAAGCAGCAUAAGCACAUCCACAGCAGUGUCAAGCCCUUCAUGUGUAAGUCACUAAGACCCUACCUAUGUGAAGUGUGCCAUAAGUCCUACACCCAAUUCUCAAACCUGUGCCGUCACAAACGCAUGCAUGCUGACUGCAGAACGCAGAUAAAGUGCAAGGACUGCGGGCAGAUGUUCAGCACCACCUCUUCCCUCAACAAGCACCGACGCUUCUGUGAGGGAAAGAACCAUUUCACGACAGGAGGAAUAUUUGCUCAAAGUAUGCCACUCCCUGGUGGCCCUGGCUUGGACAAAUCAGCUUUGGCGAUGGGCCACAGCAGUGCCGGAUUGGUUGAUUACUUUGGAACUAGCCGCCAUCAUGGUGGGCUUACGUUCCCUGCUGCGCCAGCCUUCCCAUUCAGCUUCCCGGGCCUUUUCCCUUCUGGUAUCUAUCACCGCCCACCACUAAUUCCAGCCACUCCUUCGCCGGUUAGGCAACCCGCUCACACUGCUGUUGCUAGGCACGGUGCGGAGCUAAGUAGGAAUCCACUACUGCCACCUAGCCCUGGAGCUCAGGAGUCCAGAGAGCUCCUUAAGGCGCUUCGGAAGGACAACAGCGUUCCUGAAAGUCAUAUCGCAGCUUCAGACCUAUGCAAUCAAAGCUCGCUGUCCUCCACAAAGCAACGCAACAAGCAAAGUGACCAAUCUGAAAGCAGUGAUCUGGAUGAAGUCAGCACACCCAGCGGAAGCGAUCUGGAGAGCAUGUCGAGCUCCGAGCUCGAAAGUGAUAUGGACACUGAGCGAGAUAGGGGGGUCGUGCGGGAAAAUGGCAAAAGCCUCAAAUUGAAGGCUCGUGAUGGAAGCCCCCAAAGUCGAAGCCUGACAAGCAGCGGUGCUGAUAAAAACUUUCCCGGACCUUCGCUUAUCCCUUCCUCACUGGACGAGCACACGGCUGUUACCGGAGCUGUAAAUGACUCUAUUAAGGCCAUUGCCUCCAUAGCUGAGAAGUAUUUCGGCUCGACGGGCCUAGCUGGCCUGCAAGACAAAAAAGUCGGCUCACUGCCCUAUCCCUCGAUGUUCCCUUUACCUUUCUUCACAACUUUCUCUCCGCCAGUUUAUCCUGUUCAAGACAGAGAUGUCAGAGCUCACGUGCUGAAGAGUGAGGCGCAGUUGCAGGCUGACGAUUGCAAAAAGGCUCAGAGCAAAUCGUCAUCAGAGUCACCGUUUGACCUCACCACCAAACGAAAAGACAAAUUGCCCCCGCUUGAGCCUUCCAAACUCGAAGCCUCCCAGUUUACCGGUCAAGAUCAGCCUUUGGACCUCAGCCUAGGAACCAGGGGCCGUGGAUGCAAUGCAAGAGAAGAAGAGGAAAAAUUGUGUGAAGGUCAUCAGGAUGAGAAGGCAGUUUUGGUAACACCAAAGCCCGACUCCUCGUUACAACAUGCCAGGCCGACUCCUUUCUUCAUGGAUCCCAUCUACAGCAGGGUUGAGAAGAGGAGAAUGAGUGAUCCGUUUGAGACGCUGAAAGACAAGUACUUGCGGCAAGCUCCGGGCUUCCUUUUCCACCCUCAGUUUCGUUUGCCGGAUCAGAGCACUUGGAUGUCAGCUAUUGAGAACAUGGCUGAGAAGUUGGAAACUUUUGGCUCCUUGAAGCCGGACUCGAGCGAUCUGCUGCGCUCUGUCCCCUCCAUGUUUGACUUCAGGGCUCCACCUUCAGCGCUUCCGGAGACGCUGCUCCGCAAAGGCAAGGAGCGCUAUACAUGCAGAUAUUGUGGUAAAAUCUUCCCACGUUCUGCCAACUUGACGCGCCACCUUCGGACUCACACAGGGGAGCAACCUUAUAGAUGUAAAUACUGCGACCGCUCCUUCAGCAUCUCUUCCAACCUGCAACGGCAUAUUCGCAACAUCCACAACAAGGAGAAGCCUUUUAAGUGCCACUUGUGUGAUCGAUGCUUUGGUCAGCAAACCAACUUGGAUCGCCACCUCAAGAAGCACGAGAAUGGUAACCUGUCAGGCACCGCAAUGUCUUCGCCACAGUCGGAACUCGACGGUAGCAGUGCCAUAUUGGACGACAAAGAAGACUCUUACUUCAAUGAAAUAAGAAAUUUCAUCGGCAACACGGGCCAAAGCCAAACAUCGCCGGACCCCUCUGAAGAAGGUGUCAAUGGCAACGCAUUUGAAGAAGAAAAAGCUCUACAGAUGGCCAGCCAUGGGUCACAUGACUUGGAAGACGAAGAAGCAGAAGAGCUUGCUGCUGAUGAAUAUGGAGAAGAGCCCAGCAACACCCUGCAUAAAUCCCAAGAGGAGAUGCCCAAUAGCGACAUUAGUGAUGACAUCAUACAAGAUGGAAUGGACUUCAGUCGGACAAAUGACUCGAGCCAGAACUGUAAAAUCUCUCCAAUGAGGUAUAAGGACGAGGAAGAGCCGAGUGGCUACUCCGCCUUGGAUCAGAUCCGUCACUUUCCAGACAUCCACAAGCUUGAAGAGAGUGAGUUGAGCGAUGGGGAAGGUGAUGAAGACGACCAAUCGUUUGCCUCUGCCUCGCUGGAUGACGCAGUCAAACAGCCCCUCUUUCGGAAAUCAAAGUCACAGGCAUAUGCCAUGAUGUUGUCUCUGGCUGAAAAGGACUCUCUCCACCCCGCCACCCACACGCCGGCCUCCAUGUGGCACAGUCUGGCUCGGGCCGCUGCUGAGUCCAGUGCCCAUGUAUGAUGACACCUGCUUUUCACCUUUUACAUCCCCCCCCAACCCCUGACUCAUGGAAUUGGGAACCCAUUGCCGGGCGUUCUUCCUGUCUGCAAAGCAGAAUCAUGGCCCUUCUGACUGCUGAUUCCAGCGCCUUGUACAAAAGCAGGGUCCUUGCAGACCCCAGCCCAGAAAACCUCAACUUCAAAAGAGAAAAAAAAUAUCCCUCUGAGACCUUAAAAAUGGAUUUCCUAGUAUGGCACCUAACCAGGAUGACGCGAUUGUGGUGGAAAUAAUAAAUCUAAAGUAAUAAUAGUCAUAUUUAUUCUCUUCAUUUGCACACCAAAGGCAGCUGGUGGACAUGGAAGAUGUGCUGAUGUAUCUUGGAUAGACUGCAUUCACUGCCCAGUUCACACAAAGUCGGGUGAAUAUAUAGAGUCGCUUGUGUCUCAAAGGCAAAGUAUGUAUCACUGUAACAAAAACACUGUCUCGUAUGACAUCAUGUAUAUUCAAACUGCAUUGCAAUUCAAAUCCCCAGGGUCCACGUGUUAUUUAAAAAAAUAAAAAAUAAAAAAAAUGCACUUGAUGUAAUGAAGGGUGGUAACAACUUUGGUCAUAGAAGUUCUAAAAGAAGUACCUGUUAGUAAUACUAAAUCAAGCCAGUUCCCCAUCUGUAUUCACGGUGUGUCUGCACAAUCAUCUAUUCUCUCCUGCCUUCCAUCCUGCCCAUCUGCACUAUCUGUGAAAGGUUAGGAAUAGAUCGGCAUUUUAGUGGAUGAAAAGAAAACAUGUUUUGUUUUGUUUUUUAAACUGAAAUAAGUAGCCAGCGCUGAAGUUAAAUGUUGUUCUCGAAAGGGCAUUUAUCUUUUUCCACGCCAUUGAAUUCAUCCUAGUCAGCCGAAUACCACUAAAUAGCCUGAAUGCUAGUUGUUAACUGCUCAUUCUUGACCUUCAUUCAUUUUAGACAAUCAUGAUUUCUUUUUUUUUUUCAUUCUUUUUUUUUUGUUGAUGUUGUUAGUGCUGUUGGUGUUGUUGUAUGUUGUCUUAUGUUGAUAAUUGUAUUUAUUUGUUGGCAAACUGUAGUUUGUUUACUGAAUAGCACUGCUCCGAGCCUGGGCAAUGGCAGACUCCACUCCGGGCCUAUCCCAGACUUCUUUGGGGUAUGUAGAUUCCAUUUGAGUGCCAGAUAGUAUUAAACAUACAACUCACUCCUUAUUCUUUUGAUGAAACUGGUUGAUGAAUAGAUUUGUUUUUUUAAUGACAAUUUAAUGAUUAAAUUGUUAAAAAAAAGAAAAGAAAAGAAAACAAGAAAAAAAACUGUAUAUAGAAGGAAAUCAUUAAAAGACAAAACAAGCCAGGUAUCAUUUGUUCAUAUGCGCAUGGUUGGUCUGCUAAGAUUUGUGUUGAAAUUUUCUACGGUCGUCUGCAAGCUUGUGUGGCGUUCAGUUCAUGUUAAACCCUUGUGCCAAACGAAAAAAAGAAAUAAAUAAAACCGAUUUCUCUUAUGUAUUCUCCCGUUUUGUGGGACCACAUUUUUGUUUUUGUCUUUGUUUGUAAUCAAUUUUAAAAAGUAAUCAGCAAGUUGUGGUACUUUUAUUUUAAUGCUUUUUACAAUGUAACUGUUACGCAUUUCAAUUCAAAUAAUGUGGGAGGAACAACUAAAUAAAGGACUACAAUGUGGA